AUGGCGAAAGCGUCCCCGGAAGACUUGAAAGCGCUGUUCGACACGCAACAAGGGUACAUGAAGUACUUCUUCGACGAACUCGAUUACGAACCUUUACAAAAAUUCUGCCAGCUCGUGUUGGAUUGCAAAGGGACGGUCUUUUUCACCGGCGUCGGCAAGUCCGGGUUUAUCGCGCAAAAAAUAUCGAUGACUUUAGUAUCGACCGGGACGAAAUCGGUAUUUUUGAACCCGACGGACGCGUUACACGGAGAUAUCGGCAUCGUGUCGAAAGAGGACAUCAUGGUUAUGUUUUCGAAAUCUGGAUCGACGACGGAGUUGUUGACGCUGAUUCCGUACGCGCGAGCGAAAGGUGCGACUUUGGUUGGGGUUUCCUCGAACGCGAAGAGUAAGUUGGCGACGGAGACGGACAUGCACGUGAUGUUGCCGUUGGAGAGAGAGUUGUGCCCGUUUGAUUUGGCGCCGGUGACGAGUACGGCGAUUCAGAUGUUGUUUGGCGACACGUGCGCGGUGGCGAUUAUGCAAGCGAAAUCGUUGACGAUGGACCAAUACGCGAUGAACCACCCGGCUGGGAGAAUUGGUAAGAGAUUGAUUUUGAGCGUGAAAGAUGUGAUGAAACCGUUGAGUGGGUUGCCGUUGGCGAAACCGGACGAGAAGUUGGUGGACGCGUUGGUGGAGUUGUCGAGUAAAGGGCAAGGGUGUUUGUUAGUCGUGGACGACGCGAACACGUUGUUGGGCGUUUUCACGGAUGGCGAUUUAAGACGGUCGUUACACGAGAAAGGUGGAGAGGUUUUGCAAGCGCCGAUCAAGGAUCUGAUGAGCUCGACGCCGAGAACGACUUUAGCUGAGGGGAAGGCGGUGGAUGCCAUGAGAGAGAUGGAAGCUGGCGGGAGACCGGUAAGUUUCUUACCAGUCAUCGACGAGGAGAAAAAGUUAGUCGGGUUAUUGACUUUGCACGGUUUGGUCAACGCUGGUUUGUAA